AUGCCGCCAAGGAUACCUGUCCGCUUCCCGUGGGCGUCACCUUCACCCUCUACAACCGCCAAUGGCUGGAAUAGCAGCCUUUGUGUGCGGGCCUUCUCCUCCACACCCACAUCUCUCGCCCUCGGUCCGCAAUCACCAAACUACAUCGAGGUCCCGAAGCCGCUGCAGCCCACCUACCCGGCCAAGCCAGCAGUAAAGGGUCAUCUGCCUAUCCCAAGAGAUGUCUUCAAGACGAGGAACAAGCAUCCUAAGGAGUCAGACAUCUUCAUCAGCAGGAGCACCCGGGAACCUAAAGAAGUCAAGGUCCCAGGACCAUACAGCCGGGAUGCCGACUACCGGUUAUACAAGCAAAGAUUGGCAGAGAAGAGGAGGGAGAACUUGAAGGAGGGUGUCAAGGAGCUGCACGAGCGGAAGGUCACAUCAGAAGCACAAUACCUGGCCAAAAUCCAGGCUAUUGGUGCCGAGAGGCGGAAAUUGGCUACGGCUCCACGUCGUGAAGUCGACAUCUUGACGGAGACAUCCGUCGCCAAAGGCAUCCGCGACUUCCUCACCGACAGCCUUGCUCCUCGGCCGGAUAUUACAAAAGCCCGCCGCCGAGCAUACCAGCGCCGAGUGGCUAAAAUACAAGAAGUCCGCGCAUCUCGCCUACACGAUCUAUACACCAACGCGCGCGAGUUCAUCGUGGACGAGCAACAACUGGAUGAGGCGAUAGAGACUGCCUUUGGUACGGAAGAGUCGCCAGUAGGCUGGGACCACAGGGGCACCAUGGGCCCACGAGCGGAGGGCAAGGAGGGCCUCAGCCCUUGGCAUGGCCCCCUGCCCGAGGGCGUGGGCGACAUGCUCAACAAGCUCAGGGGCGGCGAGGGUGUUGGUCUUGCCAAGGAGCGGGUCAAGAAGCUGGCCGAAGAGCUCACUGGCGGCAAGAUGUAG